AGCCCUGCGCUCUUUGCUGGGCGAGUGGGCUGUCCGUGUGGAGAUUUGCUCGCCUUGGCGGCGAGGGUGUGGGACAGGGCCAUUAAUAGCCGCAAUCCUGUGUGCGGAGAGACUGCACCCCGAUGCUUACGGCCCAGCGAUGCUCUUCUGAUAUUCCUCAGCGGACGAAUCAGCGCGCCGAAGACCGGUUUCAGCGCCUUUGGAUUCUGAAUUUCUCAUCUCCACGCUGCACCGGACGUACCGUCGUGUCGUCGCCCAGCAGGAGCAACGUUCGACGUCGUUGCCGACGUCUCUCUCUGCAUGGCAUCCCCGCUGCAGCAGCUGCAGGAGGACCAGUCUGCCGCGCUUUGCACCUGUCCAAUAAUCGACUCCACCAAUGGCCCUCAAUUGCCGCAGGGUCGGGCAUUAUCCAUGGGCUGCAGGGGCAGCAGCAGUCGCACGCCCGCUUGCCAGCCAAGCGGUCCCCGACAGCUGCAUCGCGACGUCGAUUCGGCGUCGCUGCCCUCCCCCUUCACCCUCUUAAUCAUCCUUCAUGGUUCGUCGCGCAUCUGCUGCGUCGCGAUGACCGCACCACUGGCAGUCGCUUUGGGACAGGCCGUGAUCCUUCGGCGGUAAGCGGCAGGUAGUGCGCGGGUGCAGGAAGGCUGAGCGCGCUCGUUCUGCCCAUUCACGCAUGCCGCUAUUUUCGGGCGUGACGGCUCACGCUUGCUCGUCCACCGCAACUCCCAA